AUGGAGAAGAAUGAAGUAGCUGAUGAAAUUAUGAACUUGAGAAUUGGAAAAGAAAGAAGUGUGAAUUUGGGUGGAAAUGUGAAGAAAACGAGUGGGGAUAUUGAUGAGACGGCUGAGUGUGAUUUGCCAGAUUAUAUGAGACAGUUAAAUAUCGAGAAUGAUGGAAAGGUUAGGAGUUUCAGGGAAGAGCUCCAGAAUGAAUUGAAGAAAUUGAAUAUUAAAGAGAGUCUAAGUAGGAUUAAUUCUCAGAGCUUUGCUAAUCAGGGAAGUUGUGGAAGCUCAGAGACUGUUCCUCGUGAUAACAUGGAAAAUUUUAAGAUCGAAGAGUCACUGAGUGGUCGAGAGAAUAAAAAAAUCGAUAGUGGUUUAGGCCAAGAAGAUAAAAUGGGAGUGGAAACUUGUCUUCAGUUACAGCAGAAUGUAAUCAGAAGCAGGCCCGAAAUUGGGCUAAGUGAUAGUUUGAGUGAUAGUCAAGUGCGUUUGGAAGAUCAAAGUUGUACAACAUCGUCAUCGCCAUUUGUGGGCAGUGGUGUUCGUUUUGAUGGUUUUGGGAAUGCUGUUGAGGCUACAUUUCAGGAUAGAACUGAAAAGAAAGUUCAUUUUAGUUUUAGUAGCAAGUGGGAUGACAUGGGGAUGCAAAAUGUAGAGUUUAAAACACUGAAUAUGAUAGGAAACUUGAAUAGAAAAUUUGAAACAAAAAAGGAUUCGUCUAAAGCCACUAGAUCAAAGAAAAAGAAAGUUAAGUCAAAAAACCUCAAUCCAGUUCAGCUGAGUUCCACACAAGAUAUUAUCUUGGGGGAAAAUUUGCAGGAAAUUGAUGACUCUUGUGAACCGUAUUCUCCAAUGGAUAUUUCUCCCUAUCAGGAGACCCUGGCAGAGAGUAAUUUCUCAAGAGAAACUUCAGUAACAUCAGAAGAGACUCUCCAUGUUGAUGAUGAUUGUGCCUCAAAUGAGUCACAUCCAGCAGUUUCAAACGAUAUGACAGAUGAAGAACUGGUUGAUGCUGCAGAACGUCUGGAUAUAAAUGAUGAUGAAAAGUGCAAAGAGAAGGAAGAGGAAAAAUCUGCAUACUGUUUUGAUAAAGUAUUUAAUGCCGAGGGACCUUCUGAAGAGUCUAUAUCGGGGACCGAGACGGAAAGCUUCAAAUCUGCAACCGAACACUUAGACUAUAGCACUGAUAGCUUUGUGACUGCAGCUGAUACACUUGCCACAGGUUCGGAUACAGAAGUAAGUUCUGGCUUAGGGAUUGGGAAGCAGGAGGGUGAUGGGGACAGUCAUUUCGAUUUUGCUCCAAGAAUGGAAGAGAGUGGCCAGGGUAGUUUCAUCUUUGCUGCAUCUUCUGCUGCCCAAGGUCAAUCAUUGACAACAGCUCGUGCCUCCAAGAAGAAAAGUCGAUCAAAGCAAGGUCGAAAAGGUGAUGCAUCUACCUUGUUGAACCAAACUGGUUAUAUUUCCGAGCCAGUUAAGAAACAGGAAUCCAAGGGAGAGAAUAACUCAAGUACAUCUGCCAGCAUAGUGGCCCAGGAAGCUUGUGAAAAAUGGCGACUCAGGGGAAACCAAGCCUAUGCAACUGGGGAUUUGUCUAAAGCGGAGGAUUUUUAUUCUCAAGGGGUGAACUCUGUUCCUGAAAAUGAGACAUCCAAGGCUGUCUUAGGGCUCUGA